CGGCGAUUUUUAUUGGUUAAAUCUUGCCGCUAUUUUCCUUUCGUCGUUUUAUUUCUUUGAAUCCUUCAAAACGGUCGUAUUUCGGUUUUAAGACCUUAAGUGAUACUUACCAGUUAAUUUCAACAACUAAUCUACAAGAAACCACGAUAUAAGAUGGCAGAUGUCACAGUAAAUUCUACAAGUCACAACCCCAAAGAGCUGCUGAGUCAAGGAAUCAAAGCGUACGUCCUUCAGGACUACGAUGCUGCCGUCCAGGCUCUUAGCCAGGCCAGCCAACUGCUGGCAGAAGAGCAUGGCGAUGACCUUCACGAAUCUCUUGGAGAAGUGUACUUGUAUUACGGUAAGGCUCUUUUAGCUUUGAGCAGGGAUGAAUCCGAUGCUCUGGGCGACGCCGUACCGAAGAAUGAUGAUGAUGAAGAAGAAGAGGAAGAAGUGGAAGAAGGCGAUGAAGAAGACAACCAAGAAAAGAAAGACGAGGAACAACCGGAAGUUGCUGCAGGACCCUCAGAGGAAAAAGCAAGCGAAGAAAACAACGAAACAACGGAAGAAAAGGACGAUGAACCCACCGAUCUUCAAGUGGCCUGGGAGGUGCUCGAGCUGGCCAAGAAAAUCUUCGAAGCUAAAGGCGACGACGGGAAGAAAUCGCUGGCGGAAACAUUCAUCAUCCUCGGCGAAAUUUCGCUGGAAAGCGAGAACUUCGAGUCCGCCGUCAGCGAUAUAAAGCAAGGUUUGGAUAUGCAGAAGAGCUUGUACGGUAGCGACAGCAGAACAGUGGCGGAGACUCUCUACAAGCUGGGUAUCGCUUACUCGACGAACACUCAGAUUGAAGAGGCGGUUGAUUGCUUCAACGAUUCUUUGUCCUACUUGAAGAACCGCAUCAACGUCUUGGAGAAGAGCGAAGAUAAGAAAGAUUCCACUGAUGAUGAAGUGAAGGAAAUUAAAGAUCUGAUACCGGAAAUCCUGGAGAAAAUCGCCGAUAUGAAGAACUACAAGGAAGAGGCUAUUAAAAAUUUGGCUUCCGCUUUGUGCGAAAAUAAAACAGGUGAGUCCAGUGGCGGGUCGUCAAAACAAGCUUCAGAUAUUUCGCAUUUGGUAAAACGUAAAAGGAAAGUCGAGGAUUCUCCGAAUAAAUCCACUGAAACCGGUGAUUGCCCAGUCAAAAAACCAUCCCCAUAAUUUUGUCAAAAAAAAAUGUUGUAAUGUAUUAUUUUUAUCUUUUUUAAACCGUAAGUCUAUUUAUUUAUUUGUGUUUGAUUGAAUAUGUGGACCAUAGUUAUUAAAAUUAUAAGUUACGAAAUUUCUAUUAAAA